CCCCAAACAUUUCUUCAAGCCCACAAAAGCAUACCACAGAGCCACGCACAUAAGAGGAGAGGGAAAGAAAACAAAAACAAAACAGCUGAAUUUUGGUGUCAGUCUACAUUAAGAUUUCAAGAGAUGGAUUUUGAUUCAUCUUUCUUCCAAUACCAAAACUUUAACUCUUCCUUUGUAAAUUCCUCUGUUUGUGCAGAACCAUUCCCUUGGGAAGACUUUCUUUUCUUCAAUGAAGAAAACACCACCACCACCACCACCGCCCUUGAUUCCUUCACCAUCACUGACCACUCCUCACAAUCACAAAUCAAGGAAUCAUCAUCCUCAGAUUAUUCCAACUCUUCAGGCUCCUUGGUCAGCAGCACUGAGUCAUCACAACUAGAAGUGUCAUCCAAUUUAACUCAUGCAAGCCAUCAACUCAAAGAAACACAUGCAUCACCACAACCACAACCACCAAAGGAAACUAACAAAGACAAGAGACCCUUUAGAGGAGUGAGGAGAAGGCCAUGGGGGAAAUUUGCUGCUGAAAUAAGAGACUCAACGAGAAAUGGUGUUAGAGUUUGGAUUGGCACAUUUGACACUGCUGAAGCAGCAGCACUGGCUUAUGAUCAAGCUGCUUUGUCCACAAGAGGGUCCAUGGCAGUGCUAAAUUUCCCAGAAGAAGUGGUGAGGGAAUCACUCAAAGACAUGCAGAGUAAUAAUAAGCCAAUAUCAUUGGAAGAUGGUUCCUCUCCAGUGUUGGCACUCAAGAGAAAACACACCAUGAGAAGAAAAUCCAAGGCUACCAACAAAAAAAACAAAAGGGACCAUGGAAUGGAAUCACAAAAUGUGAAUAUUAUUUCACAAAAUGUGCUGGUGUUGGAGGAUUUGGGUUCUGAGUACUUGGAGCAACUUCUCAGCUUGACUUCUUCUUCUGAUGAUGAUUAUUUCCUAUGCUAGUAAUAACUGAUUAGUUUAAUUUAAUUAAUUAGGUAAUUUCCUGCAUAUUGAAUUUUGUUCAUUAAUUAAUUUAAUUUGGUAAAUUUGUUGUUGUUGGCAUUUGGGAUUCGCCACUUUUCAUCGUUAUCUCUCUCUUGGUGGUGAUUUGUUUUUUCCGGUGUCGUCAUAAAGUAAUGAGAGAGAGAAGAAUGAGUAAGGAAUCCGCCAAUUGUAUAAACAAAUGCCAUCAAGAAAAGAGAAAAAAAAUUCAAACAAUUGAUGUUGAAA